AUGAAACCGGGCCUUGCCGAAUCAACAAGAAACCGAUUAAGCCUGCAAUUAGCUGAGGUAGCUGGUGGCGUCAUCGUUCACAACCCAGAGGCUGACCCCUACGGCACGGGCACUGGCGGCAAGAAGUGCUUGCGCGAAGCCGACGAUGUCGUCGCCACCCGUGGCCACGCCGCCGCCCGUCUCACACGCGCUCAGGACCACCAGGUCCGCCCGAAGCCGCUGCCACAUCAGAUCCUCAACCGUCGCACUUGUCCCGCCUGCUAG